UGACGUGAAACUGGAAAUGCUUUUAAAGUUAGCCAUGUUUUGGUCAGUGUAGCUGCAUUAGCACAGCGACAAACUCGGCUAACGUUCAUUCUUAACUGUAACGUUAUUAUCAUUUAUCAUUAGCACCUAUAAAGCGACAUUAUUACUGUUACCGACAUGUACAUGUACGGCUACAUGUCUUUUGUGUGUGUGCGACAUUAGAACUUGUUUCAUGUCAGUGAUUGUGAAAUGAUUCAUACUAAAUCUUUGCAUACACUAACAGCUUUGAUGUCAUUUAUCCAGUAUGUGACAGUCAGUCCUGUUUUGAAGGGACUGAUCCUUGGAUCACAGGCUGCACCUGUCAGGCUUGGUGUGUAACUUAAAGCUCCACGGCUGAAACUAAACUUCAGUUAAACGAAGUCAUGCUAGAAACCUACAUAACAGGGUUGUUGUCAGAUCCCAGACCAUGAUUCCAGGUCCUGCAGGUUUUUGUCCCCGUCAGUCCUGAGUGUCCACAUCAGCCACUCAUUGUGUGUGUGUGUGUGUGUUCCAGACACCAGGUGUGAAGUAGCUGUCAAACCCUGCAGGAUACCUGCCUUUUGAGAAAGUACACGCUCCAGCUUUUUGAUGCUUUGGGGUGUUUACGUGCAUUUUGGCUUUUCCAGUUUCUCCUGAUAAGUGUGCUCUCAUAUUCCGCUAAGUAUACUUCCCUUCCUGCAUGCUGUUAUCAUGAGAACUGCUUGUUAAUAAAAAUGGGUAUUUUUCCGUCAUGUGCAAGCAGUGGUACUGGGCUACCUGUUUCUGAUAAGGUAGCUGUGGCAACUUGGAGAUAGGCAGUGUCUACUGCUUGGUGUUUGCUAAGUAAGACCCUCUUAUUGCAGGAUGUCAUGUUCUUGUCAGUAAGCUUUAAAAGCACCUCCAGCCACACCUCCCAUCAGUAAACUUUGCCCUGUCCUCUGAAAGUAGGAUCUGUCGAUUUUCAUGCAAUAAGAUCAGGUUGACACACCUUCCUUCCCUUACACCUUGUUAAAUAGACAGGUCAUGCAUGCAGCUGGGCCUCUAGCCUGCACGUUGUACACCCCCAGCCCCUGAGGCAGUGUGCUUCCAGUAGGUGGAGGCUCUUCCUCCCAAUAGCCUCCGUUUCUCCCCACUGCCCCCAUGUUAACCCUCUUGAGCAUGUUUUACUAUAUCUGUCUGCGGCGACGCUCCAGGAGUGGGACUCGAGGCGAGGCUCUGACCAGUCGGAGAGCCGUGGAGUCUGGCCAGCGGGCUGUGUUGCCAGUCAGUGUGGAAGUUGAGCAGUAUGCCAAAGAGGUUUUGGACUUCAGCUCCCACUAUGGCAGUGAGAAUAGCAUGUCCUACACCAUGUGGAACCUGGCCGGUGUACCUAAUGUUUACCCCAGCUCAGGAGACUUCACUCAGACUGCUGUAUUCAGAGCUUAUGGGACGUGGUGGGAACAAUGUGCCAGUGCUCCACCGCCUUUCCGCCGCACCCCUAAAGGUUUCCACAGCCAGGAUUAUAUUGAACUGGGCUUUGAGGAACCGGUCUACCCUACAGCAGUGGAAGUGCUUGAGACUUAUUACCCUGGAGCCAUCGUCCAGAUUCUGGCCUGCUCUUACAACCCUUUCUCCCAGAACCCACCUACUGAUGUCAGGUGGGAGGUGCUGUGGUCAGGGGAGCCCACCAAGAUGCUGACACCCCAGGCACGCCAGUUUUCCCCAACCAUCAAGCAUAUCAACUUCCCCACCAACCUGCUGCGUCUGGAGGUCAACAGCUCUCUGCUGGACUACUACACCGAGCUGGACGCCGUCAUCCUGCGCGGGGUAAAAGAGAGGCCCAUGCUGGCCCUCUAUAAGAUGCCUGUGAUCGACAUUAGUGACCUGAGUGACAGCGAGGAGGAGCUGUCUGAUGUGGGAGGUCCAUUCAGAGACAGCAAGCAUCAGAGGACAGGCAAUGGCUACUUUGACAAACUGCCAUAUGAGCUCAUCCAGCUGAUACUGAGCCACCUGACCCUGCCAGACCUCAGCCGUCUGGCCCAGAGCUGUAAACUGCUGCACCAGCACUGCUGCGACCCGCUGCAGUACACCCAGCUGAGUCUGCAGCCCUACUGGGGCCGGCUGAGUGACGCCUCUCUCGGACACCUGCAGAGCCGCUGCACCCUCCUCCAGAGGCUCAACCUGUCCUGGACCGGCAACCGCGGGGCUCUCACCCUGACUGGCUUCAGCAGCUUCAUGAAGGCCUGUGGUCUCAGCCUUGUCUGCCUGGAGCUGUCGUGCUGCCACUUCCUGAAUGAGGCCUGCAUGGAGGUCGUCUCUCAGACUUGUCCGGGGCUGCAGGAGCUCAACCUGUCCUCCUGCGACCGCCUCAACUCGCAGGCCUUCACACACAUCUCCAAACUAACACGCCUCCGCAGGCUGGUGCUCUACCGGACCAAGAUAGAGCAAACAGCUAUUCUGAGCAUCCUGACUUUCUGCAUAGAGCUGAGACACCUCAACCUCGGGAGCUGUGUGAGGAUUGAGGACUAUGACGUUGUAGCCAGCAUGCUGGCCGCUCGCUGCCGCUCACUCUGCUCACUGGACCUGUGGCGCUGCAGAAACCUGACUGAUCGAGGCCUGGCCGAGCUCGUCUCUGGCUGCAGGAUGCUGGAGGAGUUGGACCUGGGCUGGUGUCCCACACUGCAGAGCAGCACCGGGUGUUUCCAGCACCUCGCCCGCAGCCUUCCCCGCUUACGCAAACUGUUCCUCACCGCCAACCGCACCGUCUGCGACUCAGACAUCGAGGAGCUGGCGGCCAGCUGCCUGUCGCUGCAGCACCUCGACAUACUGGGUACACGGCUGGUGAGUGCUGCCUCGCUGAAGAAACUCCUCCAGUCUUGUCCGCAACUUCUCCUCCUGGACGUCUCUUUCUGCUCACAGAUAGACAUGCGGGUCGUCCAGGAGCUCUCAGGCUCCUUCCCCAACGUGGCCAUCAAGAAGAGCUUCACUCAGUGACCCCAGGUGUCGUCUCAUUUCAUCAUCCACAGUCCGGAGGACGGGAAGUGAUUGCCAGCAGACACUGCCUCAAAGUGAAUAAGAGUCAGGUCAGAUGCUGCAGGAGCUUUCUGACCUGCCCACAUCUCUCUUAGACAAGACCUUCUUUUCAGCGGUCAGUAAAUAAAGCAUUUGCACUGGAUGACGAGGUUCUUUGGAUUAACUGACCGAACACAAACAACUACAGACUCCUUGUCACAGGAUUAUAGAACGUGAGACUUCAGUUGUUAUUUUGUUUUUUGUUUUUUUGACACUUGAAAUCAGGGUUGUUGCAGUAAAGCUGCUACAUCUUCCCCGAAUAUGAAUCACCACUUAUGUAUUGCCAAGCAACACAAGGCUCGGAAAUAUGCCUUGGUACUGCAUAAAACACAAAACAAAGCAACAUUUGUGAGCAGUCCUCCCUUGAACAUCUUGUUGGGACAACAUGGAGGGACAAAACAAGUGUGAAAAACUGUGAGAAGAACAACAUUAAGAUUCGUUAGGCAGAGACUCAUAGUGGCUCUUGGUCAGUGCCUUUUCAGAAUGUGCAGCAAUCAUGGACGGUUUUAGCGCCAGAGGGUCAUUCUGAAGGCAUCUGUCAACAUGCAGCCAGCUUGAUUUAACUCUAAUAAAUCAUUCUCGAUCCUGUUGGGUUGGAAGGUAAUAGGAGCUCUAAAGGUGAAAAAAAAAUAAGGUUGAGCGCAGCCUUAUAUCAAAGUGUCAAGUCAAACCUUAAUGCAAGUAUGCACAAGCUAAUUUGUGUUGCUGAAUCAUACAAGAGGAUCUCAUGUUGAAAAGAAGCGCAUCAUCAAUUGCCCCACACCUGAGAUUCACUGACAACAUGUUUUCAUCCAAAAACAAAUGUGAGAACUUGUGAAAAAAACAGACGGGAACAACGUUUGUUUUAAUUUACACGUGGGGGAAAAAAAACACCCAAAGUAUCAAAUCAACACACAGACAGACAGCCCAAAACCCGAAGAUAUACAAUUAUUGAUGAUAUAAGUCCAAGAAAAACUGCAAAUCCUCACAGCGGAGAACCUGAAACCAGUGACUUUUUUUUUUUUUUUGGCAUUUUGCUCAGAAGAAAAUGACUGAAACAGUUUGCAAAGUUUGCGAUUCAUGUUCUGCCAGUAAACUAAUCAUUUCAGGUCCAACCAGACAGAUGUGAUGCAGCAAGUCAAGUAUAACACAGAGAAGUCUCCAACAUGGUGAAAUAUGUUCCUGUUAAUGUUUCACCACAUUCAAAUGGAUAUGAUGAUAUGUUAAUUAAUCUGUAAUAGAGGUUGUGGUAGGUGCCUUCUUAAUUCAACAUAUGAUACAAGUCCUAUGUAAAGCUGAACUUGAGACUUGGAUUAGAUCUGUAGAGGAAAACACCAGAUCUAAAGUGCCUGAUUCAGGUCCAUUUCUGUUUAAAGCUGCCCUCUAAAUUAAACAAGGUGUCAUAGUCGUUGAUAAUUAUUUUGUGUUUUCAUCAGUCUGUGUACUUUUAUGGGAAUAGUGGGUGACUUUUGACUCCAAAGCUAAAUUGUAAAGGCGAGGAUCGUUUGUUAAAAUGACAUCAUGUAAAUACUCUCUGUGACCUCAGUAUUUGUGCUGUAACUCAGGGGUUUUUAAUAUUUCAUCUGGUUUUAAUUUUUUUUUAUUUUGCUCUAGAAACCAGCACAUCUUUAAAGACACCUUUUGAGGUUACCUGCCGUCAGUGACAAAACACAUGACACAAAUGAUCAGUCAGCACUGAUGUAACUGAAACAAAGACACAAUUAUUAAUAUUAUUGGCUGUGGAAUGUUGCAGCAAUUGUAUUGUGAAAAAAUAUAUUGCUGUUUCUUGAUUAUUUAAAUUUUGUAAUAUAUGAAGCCACAGUUGCAGUGUGGCAGAAGUGCUAGAAAAGCAUUUCUUUUUGUUUUUUGAAAAAACUUGAAGUUUUCGUUCAAGCACAUGCUACUAGUCAAUAUUUGUGCCUUAUACUCCUGUUUGAAUGUGGUGUGACGUCCGUGUGGUAUAGAUUGUAGUGAAGUGCUUUGCUUUUUUGCCCAACCAAAGUAAUACGCAGAAACCUGGUCUGUAACCCCACACCUGUAUUUGACCAGUUUAUAUGCCAUUUACUGUAUAUCAGCCAUGGAAAUUAAUAUGCAAAAUAAUAAUUUAUAUUUAUUUGUUAAUAAUUAUUACAAUUAGUUCCCUGUGUGAUUAAAAAUGUUAUUUAAAUUCAUUCAUGUAUACAUAAACAACUACAGCGUUUUGUUUUCUUGCCCAGAAUCAAAUGAGAGGAAUGAUGAUGAUUUGAUCUCACUGCAUUAGAAAGCCUAGCUUAGCACAAAGACUUAAAUUAUUGCUUUAGCUUACCUUAGCACAAAGACUGAAAGUAUAUCUUUAGCUUAGCUUAGCAUAAAGACUGAAAGUAUAUCUUUAGCUUAGCUUAGCACAAAGACUGAAAGUAUAUCUUUAGCUUAGCUUAGCAAAGACUGAAAGUAUACCGUUAGCCUAGCUUAGCACAAAGGCUGAAAGUAUAUUGUUAGCCUAGCACAAAGACUUAAAUUAUUGCUUUGUCUCAAAUUUCAUAUUUCCGGUACACUUUGCAUGUAUUACACUGUGUAUACUAUGUACUUCCUGGUGUAGUGUGCUAAUUUCGGCAGGUUGGCAGGCCUCAAUUCAAGUUUGGCCUUGUGCACAUUGGAAAUAAUGAUUGCAAUAUUUUACCACUUUUUAUUCACCGAAGAGGAACGUUGGAGGCAACAUAUAAAACAUAUUUAGUUGUAUAUUGCUGUAUUCAUUGCAACCACUUUAAAUGCAGCAGCUUCAUGGGUACUCACAGUACAUGUGCAUUUUGCCAUAAUUGACACUUAUGUGAAAAGCAGAAGUAUGCGAAUAGAGGCAUAAUUGAGCCUAGCUUAGCACAGACUGAAAGUAUAUCUUUAGAUCUUUAGCCUAGCUUAGCACAAAUAGAGUUCAUGAACUUGUGUUUUUCUAAAAUCCUGACUACAGUCUUUAUGCUAGCAGUUUCCCUGCUGCUCCCUGUCUUUGUGCUAAGCUAGGUUAAAUCGAUCUUUGUGCCGGAUGCCCUGAAUUCAAAUAGAUAUCAUCCCUCUCAUCAAAUUCUGGGUUUGAUGUUAAACACCCAAAUGUUGGACUGUCUUUGUAUUCGCUGUUUUUUACUGUAUGUUGAAAUAGAUAUAUUUUGAGUUUGUUUCCAGUCUGAGUUGUGUUUUAAACAGAAUGGGUGUGGAAAACAGCAGCCCUCCCAUUCAGAUGAUGCAAAUAUUACUUCAGUGAGUGGAAAUCAGAUGGCUGAGGCUGACAGCAGCCUUAUUCUAGCUGGUUGACUGGAAGCCAAGAAGUGCAUACAUCAUAUUCGCCUAGCCCAUCCCCAAUCCAGGCUGUAUCUAUCUAUAUUUUGAGAUAAUUACUUCUGCAAUGAAAACAGUGACAAUGUAUAGUGUGUACAGCAUCUAUCAGUGAUAGCAUUUAUGUGUUAAGACAGACUAUUUAAGAAUGAACACCAUGGUGAAGCAGUUUGGUUCCAAUAUUUGUGUUGUCUUAGCUUCCUGCCAUGAGUGAGCGAGCUGGCCCUGCUUUUUCUGUAAUGAAUAUGCAUUCUCUCUUCUCCCGGUCUGGAUGUGUGAUCAACCUUUGUGCCAUUGGUAGGACAUGCAGAGAUGCUCCCUGCGUUGCAGUGUGAACGCCACUGUUGUGUGAAAAGACUGUGCCUCUGUCAUGAUGAAACUGGGUGCUUCACUUUCACCAGAUUUUAAAUAAACGGAAGGCUGAUAACAACGG